AAGGCCCCCUUCAUGGCGUCUCAGAUAUUCACUUCCGCUCGUUCAACUCUUUGCUCCAGUUUGCUCAGCUCUCCGGACAUGGCGGCAGACGUGAGCUCCCUUGCACGCUACCUGAAUGGCUACCGGACGGUGGGCAGCGAGUCGGCCCCGGAGAAAUCGACGGUCCUAAUCACCCGGGACCUGCUCGGUGGCGGUCCCAUCAAGGUCGAGUCCGAGGAGCUUGACCUCGACCUCCACGUCCCCGUGGGCUGGGAGAAGCGGCUGGACCUGAAGUCGGGAAAGGUCUACAUACAAAGAUGCGGCGCACCUAAUCUAUCGUCAGAUCAGAGGACCCAAGCAAAACUCCAAGACUUGAACUCCCCAACGUCUCCUUCGAAGCUCGCCCUCAGCCUCUUUGAUGAGCCUUCCUUAGACUUGAAGUUGGUCUCAUCGUCCCCGUCCUCAUCUUCUUCAUCCUCCUUGUCACUGCCAUUCAAUUACCAGAGCGUGUGCACUCUCGACAAAGUAAAGUCCGCACUCGAGAGAGCAGAGAGGGAGCCUACAAAGAGGAGAUCCCCAUUUUGGAAAGCGCUGCAGUCCCCUUCCUGCUCAUCAUCGUCAUCCUGCAAUAAAGACGUCGCCCGGGAACAGGAGAAGGACGAGAUGCUCUUGAACCCAUUGAGUUCCCCGGUCGCCACUGGUUGUGCGAGUUGCUUGGCAUACGUGCUGGUCUCUGAAAGCAAUCCAAAGUGCCCGAGGUGCAACCUCAUAGUCCCAUUGCCAAAGAAAGCUCGGAUCGAUCUGAACAUGUCGAUCUGAGGAGGCCAGGGAUUGUCCCCGGAACAUCUCGAAAAUGUUGGUGUCGGUUGGUCUCACAGUGUAAAUGAUAGAUCGGGUUAGAGGGGUCUAAGGCGGGUAGAUAGAGUUGGUAUAUGUACAUUCAGUUAAGUCGAUGUAUUAGGAAUUAAUUCAGAUCUGCAAGAGAGAAACAGAAGAAUCAGCAGAGAAGAAUCCAAUUCUUUUCUGAAUCAUGACAUUUAAGAAAAAAGAAAGUAUGCUUCAAACAGGCUUAGUGCUUCCUCCAUGGAGACGAUGAUAAUAGUAAUAACCUUUAUUCUUCAUUCGUUGUUUA